AUGGAAGAUUACAAGUCUGCAUUAGAAUCACAUCAACAUGCUCUUCAAAUCAGAAUAAAAUUGUUUGGAGAAGUUCAUGCUGACACAGCUAAAAGUUAUCACGUCAUUGGAGUCACACAAAGUUGGAUGGAAGAUUACAAAUCUGCAUUAGACUCACAUCAACAUGCUAUUCAAAUCAGAUUAAAAUUGUUUGGAGAAGUUCAUGCUGACACAGCUGAAAGUUAUCGCAGCAUUGGAGUCACAGAAAAUUGGAUCGAUGAUUACAAGUCUGCAUUAGACUCACAUCAGCAUGCUAUUCAAAUCAGAUUAAAAUUGUUUGGAGAAGUUCAUGCUGACACAGCUGAAAGUUAUCGCAGCAUUGGAGUCACAGAAAAUGACAUGAAAGAUUAUACGUCUGCAUUAGAGUCACAUCAACAUGCUCUUCAAAUCAGAUUAGAAUUGUUUGGAGAAGUUCAUGCUGACACAGCUGAAAGUUAUCGUAGCAUUGGAGUCACACAAAGUUGGAUGGAAGAUUUCAAGUCUGCAUUAGACUCACAUCAACAUGCUCUUCAGAUCAGUUUAAAAUUGUUUGGUGAAGAUCAUGCUGACACAGCUGAAAAUUAUCACAGCAUUGGAAUCACACAAAGUUGGAUGGAAGAUUUCAAGUCUGCAUUAGACUCACAUCAAAAUGCUCUGCAAAUCAGAUUAAAAUUGUUUGGAGAAGAUGAUGCUGACACAGCUGAAAGUUAUCGCAACAUUGGAGUCAUACAAAGUUGGAUGGAAGAUUACAAGUCUGCAUUAGAGUCACAUCAACAUGCUCUUCAAAUCAGAUUAAUAUUGUUUGGAGAAGAUCAUGCUGACACAGCUCAAAGUUAUUACAGCAUUGGAUUCACGCAAGAUGAGAUGGAAGAUUUCAAGUCUGCAUUAAAGUCACAUCAACAUGCUCUUCAAAUCAGAUUAAAAUUGUUUGGAGAAGAUCAUGCUGACACUGCUCAAAGUUAUUACAGCAUUGGAUUCACGCAGUAUGAAAUGAAAGAUUACAAAUCUGCAUUAGUGUCUGGUCAACAUGUUCUUCAAAUAAAAAAAAAAUUGUGUGGAGAAGGCCAUUCUGACGCUGCUGACACUUAUACCUUCAUCGGAGUCAUACAACUGGAGAUGAAAGAUUACAAGUCGGCAUUGGCGUCGCAUGAACGUGCUCUUCAAAUCAGGUUGACACUGUUUGGAGAAAAUCAUCCUGCCACGGCUGAAAGCUAUGACUAUAUCCAACUCGUACAAGACCGCAUGAAAACUGGCGUGAGCAUUAGACUGGAACAAAUGAAGUCAUCAAAUUUUGUAAAACAUUUGUUGAGAAGAAUAUUUUACAAAAGUAUAACAAAACAUUCAAUAACGAAGGAUAGCAUAUGAAAUAAUGUUGUUAAAAACUGGAACAAGUAUUAACCAUAUCGGAAAGUCCCCCAACAGCCCCUUUUGAAGGUAGAGCUUCUCAAAAGUAGUGCAAAUUUGAGAUUGGGUGUUAGGAAUUUUCUAAUAAAAAACUUGACAGUCAUUCUACGCCUGGUGCCAACGGGUCUCAAGUUAAAGAUAACAUACCAAAAAUUCGGAUUAAAAUACCUUGACUUGGAAACUGUGGUGAAGUUGUUAGCUCUUGUGACCGGGAAAAUUCUAGUUAAUUCCUGAAUGUAUUUUUUUUACACUUUUAUUUUAUAAGACGUUUUAUAAUCGUUAAAAUUCUGUAACAUAUAAACUCAUAUGACAUUUUGUGGACUGUAUGUUUCGAUUUUCUUUCAGGAAGCGUGCAUCUAGACCCCCUAUGAACGAGAACCCAGAGUUGACCGUAUUUACUCGUUUAAGUGCUGCGGCGCUCUUUAAAUUUUUAGUGCUGCCGAUGCGGCGCUUAUUUGAGGUUGGCUCUGUUUAUAAAAUAUUUUAUUUUAAAAGCGAUAACAAGGAAUAGUAGUAAAAAAUAUGAAAUCAAACACAUUGGAAUGCCUGAGAAAAACGUUUCGAGACUUUGUAAACAUUGCAUUAUCGUACCCAAGGCGUUCUCCUUCCAAUUUUUCAAGUGGUGCUUGGAUUGCCAGGUUAUUGUGAAUAGGUGCCGGCUCAUUCGAGUGUGGCGCUCUUUAAUAAUAUUGCUCUCAUAUACGGCGCUUUAUCGGGAGGGUGCUCAAUCGGGGGCUGCGUUUAAAAGACUAAAUACGGUAAUGCACAACAUUUUAUGCACGGUACUUGGUAUUAAAAUUGUACAAUGACGUCCUACAUUAUCUUUUUUAUCUGAAUAGCAUAGUAAUUCACUACACUUCAUAUGUACUGUUACAUAAACAUUUUCCUGAAAGCAUUCACU